GCGCGAGAUCGCCCUGCACAGCCGCCUGCGCCACCGCAACAUCGUGGCCUUCCACGGACACUUCGCUGACCGCGACCACGUGUACAUGGUCCUGGAGUACUGCAGCCGCCAGUCGUUGGCCCACGUGUUGAAGGUUCGCCGGACCCUGACGGAGCCUGAGGUGCGCUAUUACCUGCGCGGCCUGGUCAGUGGCCUGCGCUAUCUGCACCAGCAACGCAUCGUCCACAGAGACCUGAAGCCCAGCAACUUCUUCCUUAACAAGAGCAUGGAGGUGAAGAUCGGAGACCUGGGGCUGGCCGCCAGGGUGGGGCCGGGGGGCCGCUGCCACAGAGUGCUCUGCGGGACCCCAAACUUCCAGGCGCCUGAGGUGGUGUCCAGAAGUGGGCAUUCGUGCAAGUCUGACAUCUGGGCUCUUGGCUGCAUCAUGUAUACAGUGCUGACAGGCACACCACCCUUCAUGGCAGCACCUCUGUCGGAGAUGUACCAAAACAUCCGAGAUGCCCAUUACCCAGAGCCCGCACACCUGUCCGCCAAUGCACGCCGUCUUAUUGCGCGGCUCCUGGCGCCCAACCCAGCAGAGCGGCCCAGCUUGGACCACUUGCUCCAAGACGACUUCUUCACCCAGGGCUUCACUCCAGAGAGACUGCCACCCCAUUCCUGCCACAGCCCACCCAUCUUCACCUUCCCCCCGUCACUGGGCAGACUGUUCCGGAAGGUUGGCCAGCUGCUGCUGACCCAAUGCCGGCCACCUUGCCCCUUCACUCCCAAAGAUGCCUCAGGCCCUGGAGAAGAAGGACUGGAAUCUGACUCCAUGGACUUAGGCAGCCAGGGAGGAGCUACCUGCCCUGAGGCACACAUCCACCUGCUUACACAUGGGACCCUGCAGUGUGACCCGGCAGAACCCGAGGGAUGUCUGCGGCUGGAGGUGGAGGCAGCCAUCAGCAAACUGCAGCUUUGCCUUGACGGAAGCCCUGUGGCCACACAGGACCCUCCAGGGAAGCAACUAUCUGUCCUCUGGGCCCCCACGUGGGUGGACUAUUCUAGCAAGUAUGGCUUUGGCUACCAGCUGUCAGAUGGGGGCAGUGGGGUGCUGUUCCGGGAUGGCACGCACAUGGCCCUACGUCCCCCAGGGGGGAGGCUGCAGACCUUCACCCUGAGGGAUGCCCCGAGCGUUCUACGUGCCAAGCUGGCCGUCCUGCAGCUCUUUGCUGGCUACAUGCAGAGGCGCCUGCGAGAGGAAGGGACCACCCCCACGUGCGUGCCACCAGCUUCACCCAACCUCUGUCUGCUGCGCGUCCUUGCUGCCCCCCAAGCAUUGCUUUUGCUGUUCAGCGAUGGCACAUUGCAGGCUGGGGCAGACACAGGAAGCUCACCUUCUCCCCUUGACCUCAGAGUCUGGCUCUCCCAGGUCAGCUGCAGCGCAGCCCGGAUCCAGCUGGUGCUGAGUGGAGAUGGCGAAGACUUGCUGCUCACCCACCAGGAGCCAGGCCACCCGGGAGUGUCCUAUCCACUGGAUGCCAUGCGAAACCAUGGCUGCACCCCUGCCACCCGGCUGCGCCUGCGCCACGCACUGCACCUGCUGCAGACCAUCUAGUGAGCUGAAGAUCCCAGCGGACUGCCACAUGGGUGCCCACAGCCUUGGCUGGUCUCCCUUCCUGUCCCUGCCCUACAGGUGCUGCCCCUGGGAGGGGGGGUCUUCCUGGGCUCAUGGGAGGGUGGGGUCCUCGAUCAAAGCAUGACUAUUCAACCCAAA